CUACAGCUGUCCUCAGGGAGUACGGAGCACAGAGCUGCAUGAACUCACGUAUUUGAUUAGAUUUACAGUAACAGGGAUACAAUGAUGAGGGUCAGCCUACAAACUCUGAUAACAUGUCUGCUGUUGUGCUGUCCAACAGUGCUGAGCUCUGGACCAGUCAGCUUAAACACAAAGCCCCAAACUGAGACACCAUUACAUGAAACCAAAACAUCUGGUAUAAAUAACCCCAAUUCAACUCUGUUUAACGACACAAUUUCUAUCCAAGCAACCGUGUUAAGUGAAGGAACCACCUCAGAAACAGAGGGCACUUCAACUCCAUCGAUCCCAACACAGACCCAGGGCUCUACCGCCAGCAUCACCAGUCAACCAGCCACUACAGCGCAGACCGAUGGCUCCACUCAUACAAAUGAAUCCCCAAAUACAACCCCCGACAUUACACAAACCACCAGCCUCACAGUCACGACCAAUGCUGCUGGCAGUACCACUACCAGCAACGCCGCUACCAGCAUCGCCGCUACCAGCAACGCCGCUGCCAGCAUCGCCGCUACCAGCAUCGCCGCUACCAGCAACGCCGCUACCAGCAUCGCCGCUACCAGCAAUGCCCCAACUAUCCCACAAACAAACAAUCCAACCACCUCUAGGAAUAUCCAGUCUACAAGCACGAGCCAUCCCAUCAUGACCUCCAGUUCUACGCAAACAAACAGGCCAUCCCCCACCACUCCAAAGAUCAGCACUACGAAGACCAUCCAUACCACCACGCUGGAACAGGAUGAGCACAAGCCUGAAGGUCUAAGCUCAGGGAGUGUUGCAGUCAUUAUUUGUUUCUUCAUUGCACUUGUCCUUAUUGUGAUGGCUGGCCUCUACUACAACAAGAUCAGGCGAAGAUCCUACGGACCUCUACUUGACAACACCCACACUGGAAUAGGACACUUCAGUAACCCCAUGUAUGACCCUUAAAGCUGAUCUUUAACCCUAAUCUUGUGAGUCUGUAGACCUAAUGUGAUUGCAGCAUGUUGAUAAUGUGUGUUUGUGAAUGUGUAAAAACAGCUGUGACAUGCUGCCUGAUAGCUAGGUUGCACUGAAUUGCAAAAUGCAAAACAAAUGUGACAAGUCCAUCUCUCUUUGCUAUUGAUCUUUUUAGUUAGGUGUGGUUAACAUGACAGGAGUUGAAAAAAUACUCAGGAAUACUUUAAACAGCUCUGGUUGUUGGGCUGCACAAAAAAAAAAAAGUUUCGUUAUUAUGGCAGUGCAGUCUGAAUUUAUGACGAUAAACACCAUGAAUAAAACAAUAAUUUUUUUUGGAAUUAAGUCAUACUUUUCCAUCCAGCAUAUGUAUAUUUCACUUUUUUAUUUUUUUAUUUUGUUUAAUUUAACACCCCCCCCCCCCCCUUUUGAUAGGAUUAUCAACAAUUUCAAAUCAAUGUAAAUGUUUGAAUCCAAAACUUUGGAAGAUUUGACAGCUUCAAUUUCUUAGGUAAAAUUAAUGCUGCAUAAAUAAUGUACAUUCGAUGUACAUGAUGACAUAAAAUGUUAUGUUUUCCUCUUAGAGCCCCAGUUUCCUGGAUAUUUGUAUUUAUGUAAACUGUGAUAUUGCUGUGUUCUUAGAAUUAGUAUACGCUCAGUUUUGAGCUCAGACAUCAGAACUUAAAUGCCACUUAGUAUUUAUUGUGUGUAUGAAGGGAGGGAAAAGUUAGACAGUUGUAACUUAAAUAGAUUAAGAUUAAGAAAAGCGCUUCAAGGCAGAGCAAUGAAACAAAACUGAGAGGCUUAAUGGUGUUGGUGGUGAAAAGGACAAUUUAGAUUAUCGCAAGGGCUUGCUAUCACAUGACUGCAGAGCACUGUGUCAGGCAAGUGGAGACAUUUUUAGCAACACAUCCAAAUGUUGCUAAUUUUUAGCUUAAAUAGUAACGACAAACCAGGAUGUAGCCUCACUUGUGAAGAAUGCCUGGGGUUACAUUAUUUUUAUUUGGAGUAGGUGUUUUCUAAUGGGUCCUUGAGCACAGCAGACUCCCCUCCUGUGAAUGAACAAAUACAGCACAUCCUUUACAUCAAUUUCAUCAUCAUAAAAUGUCACUUCAAGAAUAAAUUUUUAAUAAGAUGUGAGUAAUGCUGGAAAUUGUUCAACCAUUUAAUAUCUGAUUGCUUCACUUUUUCUACUGAAUGUUAUUAGUGCAAUGUUUUUGAUAUUGAAGUGUGGUUUUGCUGCAAUAAACACAUUUGGAAUGUUCACUCCUUCAGUAUUUGAUAUAUUGUUUUUGGAAAAGAGUAUUGUGACAGUUUUGAUGCUUCUGGCUAGAUAUUAUUUUGUGAUAUGAUUUGUACUGA